AUGAGUCCUAAUUUGAAGUUUGUCAAAGUAGAAAGUGUACGGCUAAGAGAUGUAGUAAUGGAGAGUGUUGAAUGGUCCCGAACAUCUACAGAUUGUGGGUUGCAAAUUAAAGGUGCAUCAGCGGAAAGUAUAGAGCUCCUACUGGACAAUUUUUUAUAUUUUGGUUUGUCACCAAUAGCCAAAUUGCGAAAGUCAGUAGCUGCACCAAUAUCUGAGUUAAUUGAUCUUACAACUAGUGACUUUAAAGAGGUCACUGUCCUUACACUUGUCAGUUGCAAGAUCGAUUUCGGUCAGUCUGAAGGUAAGUCCCUGCAAAGCCCGAAAGAACUUGGUACACUGCGGGAAAUCAGGUUCGUUGGUUCAGAAAACCCACUUUCCGAAUCUGACAGGAACAAACUUUUGGAGUUGUAUCCUAAUGCCAAAGUGACUGAAAACCAGGAGAGUCAGGAAUCAUCUGAAGAAUCUCAGGAGGGUGCAGGGAUACCUUUCAAGUUGGACAAGGCCUCCUUUCAGUUACUCAAAACCUCUGCCAUAGAUGAACUUGUUGAGGAAAAGGUCGAAUUUCAUGAAGAUGCAGGCUCAAAGAACCCUGAAGGUGGAGAAGAAACCUCAUGGCAAGAAAAAGAAGAGGAAUUUGACGUGAACCAAGGAAGCCUGCCCCAUGAAUCAGCACCUGGUGAAGGAGAUGUCGAAACAACCAAUAAAGAGUGUUGCAAGAGAGUUGGAGCUGAUGGUGGUAGAUUGCAGCUAGAGUCCUUUGGAAUUGAACUUGAGAUACCUCCCGGUGCAAUCAACAGCAAAGAGCCACAGGAAAUAUCUCUGCGUGUCCUGACCGAUACUCCUAAUCUUGGUGACACCGAAAAAGAGAUGUCCGUCUGCUUUGGGGUACAAUGCUUAGCUCCUGAUGACUUAGUCUUGAGGUCACCGGUGACUUACAAAAUACCUCAUUGCGCUGUUGCAACACGGUACUCCGGUUUAGAGGCAGUCCUUUACACAGGAGAGGGAGAAUAUACAUCGGAUGCUGAAGUCAAGGAACGAAUCCUACUUACCAGGUCAGGAAUACCAAACUGUAUCAUCGAGAAAGAUGUUCUUAGACUGCAGAUGGAUCAUUUCUCUUGGUUUAACUUGGGAUUCAUCAAGAGUUUGCUCUUCAAAGGGAAACAAAUGUGCUGUUUGCCAUUUACCGAAAAGCCACUACCAAAGGAAAGGGUGCCCGUCGUUUUACGUGUACAUCUCUAUGAUGACAUCAUAGGGAACGAAGAGAUGAUAAUGAGAAAAGAAAAUCGUGUAGGGUUUGAUGUUAUUCAUCCUGCAACAGAACUUCCAAUCAACGUGACAGAAAAGGACGUCACAAUGACUUGUUUCAUUGAAGAUGAUCGUGUUGGAGACGCGAUUGUCGAAUACAACGACUUAUGGAGAGGAGCAGACAGGAUUAGGUCCUUUAGGUUGGACCUGACCAAUCAACCCGAUAGAGCACUUGUGGACUUGAAAGUCGGUCAGAAUGGACAACGACAGGAGGAACUUGUUUGUAUAUUAAGGUUUACAUCUUCCAGCAGAUCGCCUCGCCCUCAAGACCUUGGACAACUAGAAGGUGCUACAGGUCAAACACCACAUCAAGAAAUAGAAAGAAGUCCUGAAUCAACAGUGAGAGUAGUAACAGAUGAGGAGAUCACCAACUUAGCCGGCCGUCUACCCGGUGCUAAAUACAGCAGGGUUUGCGAAGUAUUGGGUUUUGGUUACAACUACACACAACAGAUUUUGAUCAGACAUUUGCUGGACUCGACCACUGCUUUCAAAGAGGUAUUGCAGGAAUGGAAAGACAAAGCUGGAGUCAUGGUGGAUCUUGAUAAAGCUCUUAUGAAGUCAAACCUUGGAGGGCUCAUACGUGACUAUAAGAUACAUUAACUUACCCUAUCUAGGGCAUGGGAAUGUCCUAGACAUGUGUCAGCAAAUGACAUAGAGAUGGGAGAGGGGAUUCACGACCAAGCAAGAAAGAAGAAAAUGGAUGAAAUAUGAUAUUUUCUGAAUGUCAUGUCAAAAAUUAUCACAAAUUAUUAAAAAUAUCAAUGUUUUUGUCGUUCACUUGCAACCUUUAUUUUUUUUUACCCGAU